UGCUAAAUGUUUAAAUGUAAUGUACAUUUUGUACAUGUUAGGAGACCGUUUCGAAUGUUUCAUCUCGUGGAGGAACUAUAGUAAACGGUGACUGUUUCUAGUCGUACAGUCAGAAUGCAAACAAUAGGAAACCGGAAGUCUGAGAAGUCAGCAGUCUGAAAGAUGGCGGCCGCGGGCGGGGAAGGCUCUAUUUGCGCUCUGUUUCGGGCACGUUGUGUGAAGACAGCGAAGGGCCUGGGUGGGGCGGGCGCUCUUCUCACGCUGCUGGCGGCUCUCCUGGUGCCUCCGGUCCGCGCCGACAUCACAGACGGCAACAGCGAGCACUUGAAGCGGGAGCACUCGCUGACGAAGCCGUACCAGGGUGUGGGAACGAGUCCGUCGAGCCAGUGGGACUUCUGGGGGAGCACCCUGGUCACCAGCCAGUAUGUCCGUCUCACGGCAGACGAGCGCAGCAAGCAGGGCUCCAUCUGGAACACGGUGCCAUGCUUUCUCAAAGACUGGGAGAUGCACGUGCAGUUCAAAGUGCACGGCUCCGGAAAGAAGAAUCUCCAUGGCGACGGCUUUGCGGUCUGGUACACAAAGGACAGGCUCCAGCCCGGACCUGUCUUUGGGAACCAAGACCACUAUGUUGGCCUGGCCAUUUUUGUGGAUACCUUCCGCAAUGACCUGCAUGGGAUGGAUCGCUCGUUCCCCUACAUCUCGGCCAUGGUGAAUAAUGGCUCUUUGUCCUACGACCACGGGAAGGACGGCCGACCUACGGAGCUCGGUGGCUGUUCAGCUGAUGUCAGGAACAAGGACUAUGACACAUACCUGGCCAUCCGAUACUCCAAGGGCCGGCUCACGGUUAUGGUUGAUAUUGAUGACAAGAAUGAGUGGAAGGAGUGCAUUGACAUCGGAGGUGUCCGCCUGCCUAUUGGAUACUACUUUGGAGCUUCUGCAGCCACUGGGGACCUAGCUGACAACCAUGACAUCAUCUCCAUGAAGCUGUACCAGCUGAUGGUGGAACACUCUGCUGAGGAUGACAACCUAGACUGGACAAAGAUUGAGCCCAGCGUGAGCCUGUUGAAGUCCCCCAAAGAUAACAUAGAUGACCCCACUGGGAAUUUUCGCAGCACUUCUCUAACAGGAUGGAAGGUCUUCCUGCUCCUGCUCUGCGCCCUGCUCGGCAUUGUGGUCUGUGCUGUUGUGGGUGCCGUAGUGUUCCAGAAACGUCAGGAAAGAAACAAAAGGUUCUACUAGAGAGAAAAUGAAAGUGGAUUCAAGAGAUCAAUGUGAAUUUUUGAAGAUUGCAUUAAAACCCAAGUGUUUUAUAUCAUAGAAGUCUGGAUGAGGAGAAUAUUGCAAAAUAUUUUCCACUGUCAGUGAUGCUCUGGAGGUGGUGGAUCGGCAGCUUGGUGUAAAAAGCUGGAUUUUAAAAGGUGUAUUUUUUUUAAAUGUUCUAUUUUUCUUAUGAACAUUUCUGAAUAUUUUCACAUUUAAACUCCAAGCCACCAUGAAAAAACAAAAAAAAAAAAUGCACAAUUGGAAGGAGACUUUUCUGACCUGUUUCUCAACGUAUAUUUCCAUCAAGUUACAUAAAGAAUGUAAGUUUUUGUUUUAAAUUUGUGAGCUUUCUGAUUUUGUUUACAAUUUUUUUUUUUCUUUUUGAUUAGUUGAAAAUGAUUGCUCUUUUUGACUGAUUUGAGGCUUUGUACUCUUCCUACAUGUUUUAAUUAUUGUAUGCGUGGUUUUUUUUUUUUUUUUUUGGUGGGAUAGUGAUGGGGAGUACAGGAUGCGUUUAACUGUAUUUCCCAGGCAACAGGCUCCAAACAGAACUUUAAACAUUAGUCUGUUUGCCAGACUGGGGAGGUUAAGUGUGUGAGCCAUGACAGGAAAGCUAAUUGUUGUAAUUGUUCAGUAAUUCAAGGGUUAGCUGUAGAGGAGUUUUCAGGAAACUGACGAUGUGGCUCUUUGUAGGGUCCCGAUUCAUGGGGUUUAUGUCCACUGUAUUGCUUCUGUAAGAAUCUUGCAGAUGCUGGUAAAUUGGUUGUUAAGCAUGUGGUGGCAGCAGGAUGUGUCACUUUUCACAGACUACUGCAGGAGUAACUUUCAGGAGAAGUUCAUGGUGACUUCAUUGCUGUCAUCAGGGAAUAAAGGUGUUCAUUGAUAUCCAGCAUAAUUUUCCUCCAUGAGAAAAAUGUCUUCUGUGAUGAGGGGUAGCAGUUUUUACCAUGAGCCUUUUUAAGAUUGUAUGUUUGAUACAGUUACGUGUUGGAAUAAUUUUUGUCUGAUUUCCAAGGAAAGCCACUCCACGAAGCCAAAGUUGUACAUGUAGAACUUUAAUUUUCUAUAAUGUAUGUACAUCCCCAAAAAAUGAGAAAUUAUGUGCUUCCCAGUUACUAUAUUUUUCCCUCCAACAUAUGUCAUGCAAAAACAUGAAAAUGCUUUAGAGACCAAUCAGCUGGAUUUUAAACCCAGGUAAAGGUAUUUGAUCUGAGAAGGGGGCUUCCAUUUCCUCUUAAGGGAAAUGAGAAUUGUAUCCCACUAUGUUCAGUGAAUCUUCCACUAUUGAGUUCUGCUGUAAUAAAGUUACUGACUAAC